UAGAGUCCCUUUAAACCUGCUUUAUAAUGAAAAAACAUGGAAAUGUCACUUUGUUAUAAUCUGGGACCUUUAAGGUGCAUCAAUCAGAGCUGCUCAUCAACAGCAGUCCUGUUUAACCUGCGUGCACGUGGCUGAACUCUCCAGAUGUGACAGAUGUCAGUCAGCUUGUUGUUAACAGUAGUGUCCCUGAACGCACCAGUCCACCUUAAACCGACUGAUGCGCGUGCACCUGCAGACUAACCUGUUCCUGACUCUAGAAUAUAAUGAACACCGUGCGUGUGCGCGUGCCCGCGGCUCCACGUUGUGUGGGGGGUAAAUGGGCGUUCCGGGGGCGUGCACGCGCAGCAUGCUCUCCGUCCUCUAGAGGAGCGGCGGGAACUCAGUGGAGACCUGAUCCUGAUGGUGGAUCGUGCACGGUGCACGGAGUGAUGUCUCACCGGUGAGGGACUGGGGGGGGGGGGGGGGUUGGAGAUAAUAAAGCUGGACUUCCUGCCGUCUCGUGCACACUCUCGCUCAUGCACUGGGGGGGUCCUGAAGUCCUGAAGACCUGCUGACUGUCUGCAGCUCCGUGCACACCUGUAGCUGCACGCGACUCUGGAUCCACCUGGAGAGGAGAGGAGAGGAGAGGAGGCGCGAGAUGACAGUCUGGUGAACUUUGUUUGUGCAUGAGGGACGUGGUCUGAUCUGGUUCUGGUCUGGUACUGGUCUGGUCUGGUCUGGUUCUGGUCUGGUCUGGGUCUGAUCUGGUCUGGGUCCUCUGCUGGACUUGAUGUUCUGCUGGACUAGUUGAUAGAAGGUAUACAAAUGCUCUCCGUCCAGCCGGACACCAAGCCAAAAGGCUGUGCCGGCUGCAACCGGAAGAUCAAGGACCGCUACCUGCUGAAGGCCCUCGAUAAGUACUGGCACGAGGACUGCCUCAAGUGUGCCUGCUGUGACUGCAGGCUGGGCGAGGUGGGCUCCACGCUCUACACCAAAGCCAACCUCAUCCUGUGCCGGAGAGACUACCUACGGUUGUUUGGUGUAACGGGGAACUGUGCAGCCUGCAGCAAGCUAAUUCCAGCCUUCGAGAUGGUCAUGAGGGCCAAGGAGAACGUCUACCACCUGGACUGCUUCGCAUGCCAGCUCUGCAAUCAGAGGUUUUGUGUGGGAGACAAGUUCUUCCUGAAGAACAACAUGAUCCUGUGCCAGACAGACUACGAGGAGGGGCUGAUGAAGGAGGGCUACGCUCCCCAGGUCCGCUGACCCUCGUACACCGACCACAACGAGGAGGAGGAGGAGGAGGAGGAGGAGGAAGAGGAGGAGAGUGGGAGGGAGAGAGACUGAAGGAGAGCUUGCAAUCACACAACAAACAGCACUAUUGCCUCCUGUCCAGCUCCCGUCCCCCACAUGUACAUAACCAAGCAAGGGACACACUCUGCUGUACAGAAUAGCCAUAGAGACGCCGGCGUGGCGGGGACGGCCCCGGGACAACGACAACAAACUACAACAAACUACACGUGUGAAGACAAAACCGAGUUUCUAUGUUUGUGACGGAUGAUGCCUCUUUCCUCCAGCAGGUCCACAGCACCGGCCUCGAACCAACAGAUGAUCCCAGAAAGCUAAAUUAACCCACCCAAAAGCAGUCCUGUCUCGUCGUAUCGGAGGACAGACAACUUCUACUUGAAUCUAGAACACACUGAGGUUUUGUCAAUCAAUGUCACUUUGAGAUAAAGACCUUUUUACUGUAUGAUACCACAUUUAAAACACAGAGAAUGUAAACGGAAGAGCGGCUAAAAGAACGCCCAUGACUCAUUUGUUGCUGCGUGUCUGAGUGUGUGUGUGUGUGUGUGUGUGUGUGUCUGUGGAUGUGUGUGUGCGUGUGUGUGUGUGUGUGUGUGUGUGUGUGUGAGCAUGUUGAGGACUCAUCUGUCAUGCGGUCUUGCUCGGCUCGGCUCGGCUCGGUCUGGUCCA